AUGAACGAGAGAUUCCGUCCAGGUGGAAAGAAAGACAGCAAUUUAGAGACCGGAAUCAAGGACAGCACCGCAAGCUGGCCGUGCGUCGUCAGGGACCAAGUUGAGUCCCUGAAUGAUAACCAAAACCCGCCGUCACCGCCUGGCAAAAAAGGCGUCUUCAACGCUCAACCCCACAUUCUUCCCAGCCAGCAAGAAGCUCGCCGCCGCAACAAGAUGAGCGCCAUUACUCGGAUGUCCCCAUUGGACCUGCUGGACCUGAACUUGACCAAUCUGGACCCUUUGACCGAGAACUAUGACCUGGGCUUCUAUCUGAAUUACCUGACCAAGUGGCCGUCGCUCUUCAGCACGGUGAAGGACCGCGAUGCUGGCGUUGUGGGCUAUAUUAUGGGUAAACUCGAAGAACAGCAUCCUUCCAUGAAACAAUCCGAGCACUAUACCCCGUGGCACGGACAUAUCACCGUGUUGACCGUUGCGCCAGCCUGGCGCAGACUCGGCUACGCCCGUCGGUUGACAGAGCAGCUGGAACAGGGAUCGGAUAUCAAUGACGCUUGGUUUGUAGAUCUAUAUGUCCGCGCAGGGAACAAGGUAGCGGUGGAUAUGUAUAAGGGCAUGGGGUAUUCUGUCUUCAGACGAGUGAUGAAUUACUACAGCGAUGAUCCGACAGGCGUUUCAGAAUCCGGAGAAGAUGCAUUCGACAUGCGCAAACCCUGUAGCCGGGACAAGAAACUUGAACACGUGCGCGAUAAGGGUGAAGACUUCCUUGUGAACCCGGAGGACGUCUCAUAA